GUGAAAUUAAAAUCACAGUGAAAAAUUUUCAGAUCGAUGCCUCUUGAAGCCUCUGGUUUGUAUGAGUUGGCUCAGGUUCAGUUGCAGUCUGGUAAUAUUGAAGUUGCUCUUGACUAUCUAUUUGGAGCUGUGCAAUUGUUUGCUCAAGUCUUUGGGCCACUACAUGUCAACAUAGCAAACUGUUAUAAAGUUAUUGCACGAAUUCAUCAUGCUCUAGGAGACAGUAAACUAGCAAUAUCAUAUCAGCACAAAACUGUCAUUAUGUAUGAGAGACUGCUAGGAGUGGACCACUGUAGCUCUAUAUCAGCCUAU